AUGUCAUCGCGUGUGCGGCCACUGAGGGGCCCAACGGGCGAGGAGGCCCCACCACCGGGGAAUAACGCCACAGAGCAACACCGCACCGGUGGGCAGCUGGGCGUGAGGGACGCCAGGACUCACAGCGGCCUUGCUCAGAAUCGCCGAGGGCUCCAUCCAAAGGCCAGCGUUACCUGCGGAGUUCCCUUUCGGAAAUCUGUCCGUAACACCUCCGUUACGCAGCGCUCCUGGGUGUUGGGGGCGGGAUGGGAGGCGGGUGUUUGCUUUGGAAAACGGGGGCAGAACUGGGCUGUUUCAGCCGCUUUAUGUUGCUCCGAUUGCAUCAAGAAAGCAAACGGGGAUCAGUUCAUUUCGCUGAGAACGCUCAAAGAGGAUGAGGAUUUCUUAGGACAACCGCAUGAUUCCGGAGCCUGCAAGAACAAACAACAGGGCAGGAGAGACUAUUAUGCAAGUGUACGUCUGCGGCACGAUCCCCCAGCGCCCUCAGGAGCGCCACGUCCCGCCGGUGGCCGGACUUGUUUGCACUGGGCAUGUAAACGGAACCAUGCGCCGGUGGUGGCUUACCUGCUGCACGCCGGUGCUGACAAGGAGAUCCUGACGAAGAAGGGAGAAAGGCCGGCCCAGUUAACGUCAAAGAGGGAGAUAAGGAAGAUGUUGGGAGUGGAGGAUGAUGAACUCCCAGACGUAAAGGAUUCAGAUCUGCCAAUCAUCCCCAAUUACCUGGCGAACCCACCUUUCCCUUAUGUUUAUAACACCAUGAGUGACAGCGUUCCGGACCCCCCGGUGAAUGGGAGUUUCUCACACUUAGAAUCGCAAGAUACCGACUCUUCUUCCUUACCCGAUGCGGAGACUUGCACCCGUGCAUCGUUACAGCAUGGGAACGCUGCUCCCGAAGCGGCUGGCAACGGCGGCGUGCCGCCCCUGCCCGGGGGCUGUGCUGCACCACGACACCCAAACCCUCGCCUUCAGAAAGGCCCGGUUUACCAGGGAUCUGUCUCUUGGAGCAGAAGUCCCCCUUCGCCAGUUGGAUCAAACCAGUCCGUCCCUCAGCAGGAGAACGGCUCCUCUAUGGGGCCUGUGCCCGCAUUUCAGCCCGUUUUCUUCACAGGAGCUUUUCCACUUAAUAUGCAAGAACUGGUGCUUAAAGUUAGAAUACAAAACCCCAAUCUUCGAGAAAAUGACUUCAUCGAAAUCGAACUGGACAGACAAGAGCUGACCUAUAAGGAACUGCUCCGAGUGAGCUGCCGUGAGCUGGGUGUUAACCCUGAGCACGUACAGAAGAUCAGAAAAUUACCAAAUACAAUGUUAAGAAAGGACAAAGAUGUUGCAAGGCUACAGGAUUUCCAAGAACUGGAGCUUGUCCUAACAGUAAGCGACAAAAACUUACUUUUCAGAGUCCCCACGCUUUCUGAACGGAGUGGUUAUAACAAGAAGGCAUCAGAACUGACGUAUUAAUUGUUUAAAGACUAAACCAGAAGAUUUGUAUCUCUCCUUUUAACGUUACGUUUGACAUACAGUAUCUAUAAGGGCUAACGAUGGGGAAAAAAAAAAUCUAUUUUGUUAACCUUGAAAUAAACUAAAGAUGUU